AUGACUGAAUCCACCUCUCAAGUUUCUGCAAGGCAGCUUCCUGCUUUGCAAAUCCCGCCCCACCCAGACUUCAGAAGACUGAUCGAAAUCCUCAGUCAGCCUCUACACCCUCUGAGAAGCUGUACUUCAAACCAAGCCCCUGCAAAUUUUCCAAAGACACUCUUCGCCUGGCAGGUCCUCACUCAUGAGCAACUUGACGGCCUUGCCCGUUUCUUCCAUCAAACCUCGCCUCCCACUUCAGAAACCAAAAAUUAUCCAUUACCUAUCGAUAAGCCCUGGGUUGGUCCGAAGGCAGACCCAUCCGUGACUGUUGAAACCAAGCGCCUGCGGUUCGGUCGCUUCAUCGGGCUAAAAGGCUGCGAAAGCCCGCUGGAACCCCAUCCAUUAUCUGAUGAACCUAUUGCUCCAUUGCCCGCUCUGAACAAUGAGAAACAGGACGAAUUUCUCUCCGAUCUUUUGGGAGAUGUCGAGGGUGCGUUGGAGGUGGAGUGGGAGAUGGAAUGUGAGUGGCAGGCGGGCCUGGGGCAGAGACAGCCUGAGCCAGGCUACGUAGGGAUGGGAAUGGUGAAAGGUUGA